AUGCUGGGCACUGUGCGUGUCGACAUGCAAGAUCUGCAGAGCCACCUGCAGCAGAUCGAGCAGGGAAUGCAGGCGGUCCAGACUGCGGUGGAGAGCCUCCAGUCCAUGGCCGACACUGGCGUUUCUGGGGAGCAAGCCACGUCGGAGGCGGCCUCGACGGAAGGCACGCAGACACCCAAGCCGGGCGCCCUUCAGUCCCUGGCGGGCGGCCAGCUCUUAGACGAGAAGCACGACCGCUUCGAAGUCCAGCCAAAUGGAGUUCCCAUGACAAAGACGGCUCCGAGAAGGCACUCGAUGGUCUCAAGCAAGAGUACCGUCAGCUCCUACUCCGUGGGUGAGGAAGAAGGUGGUUUUCGCCUGCUCGACGAAUGGGGGGAGGCCUUUGUGCUGUCUGAACAGGAGGCCACGGAUGCUUACGACACUCUCUAUCGUGACAAGGAUUCACCUGCGCGCGUCAGUCGCAAGCGGCCCAGCCAGCUGGGCAUCGCCAAGUUCGAGUGCCGGAGCUCGGAUGUGUCGGAGCAGCUGCAGGAGAUGCUUCGGUGGUGGCGGUUGGUGUGGGACUUUUUGACCAUCGUCCUGGUGGGCAUCGACUCGGUGAUGUUGCCGCUCCUCUUGGCAUGGCCGGCGGAAGACGGCAGCAGGUGGGCAGACUACUACAAGGCAACCCCGGUCUUCUGGGUGACGGACAUCUGCAUGGUGUUCCUCCUCGCAGUCCUCGUCCCCGAAGGCUCACGGAUGGCUGCCGUUUGCCACUACAUCUGCACCUGGUUUCCCUUGGAUGCCUUGGUGGUGGUCCUGGAUCUGGUGCUCCUGGCGGAGCUCGUUCCGGACGAUUUCAAGGCGCUGACCAUGAUGCGGCUCUUGCGGACGGCCAAGUUCAGACAGGCGAUCACGGCAGUUGAGAGCAGGCUGGCUACCAACGGGCUGCUCCGCGUGGUGAACAUGUCCACCAUUCUCCAGUGCGUGGUUUUCAUCUUCGGAGUGAACCACGCCUUAGCUUGCAUCGCCAUUUACAUUGGGCGUCGGGAGCAAGAAUCCGGGAACACCAAGAACUGGCUGAACGAGUACCUCAUUCAGGACCAGCCCCUCCCCUUGCAGUACAUGAUUGCCUUUAACUGGGUCAUUGCGCAGUACACGCCUGCGCCGUAUCCCUUCACUGCCCAAAACGAGCCCGAACAGGCCUUGGUUCUGGCCAUCAUCCUCACUUGCCUGCCCAUGCUGGGAGCACAAAUCGGCAUCAUCAGUGGAACGCUGAACCUGAUGAUGGAGAAGGCGAAGGAGCGGGACCACGUGAAGCGUGACCUCCAGCGCUGGCUGCGCAAGACGCACAUAAGCAAACGCCUGAGCCAGCGCGUGGUCACUGCCCUGGACGAUGUCCUCGGCUCCCAAGAGUCUCCCCUGGAAGUGAAGGAUCCUAUGGCCCUCGAUUUUCUGCCAAGCACACUCAUCGAACAACUGCGUGUGGUGAAGACGGGCGAGACGCUGGCAGAUCAUCCAUUCUACAGCCUGCUGAUGGACGAUCGCGUCGACUUUGGUGGGAGGAUGGCUGCCGCGUUUCACCAGAAAGUGGCUGUGCAGGGGGAGCAGAUCUUCGCUUGCGGUCGCCGAGCGGAAGGGGUCUACAUCAGCAUCCACGGCAGCUUCAUGCUGAGACCUUCCAGAGAUAUCGAGACCACACACAGCGUUUCUCGGAUUCGGACGACUCGCACCACCGUCUCCAACAUCAAGCUUCAUACGGAUGGCUGGUUCGCAGAGCUGGCUCUGUACACCAACAGGAACCAUGCAGCCACGUUGACUUCGGCGACUUACGCCAAGUUGCUCACCUUGUCUGCCAUGGAUUUGAUACAGGCUGUGAAGAUGUCACCGCCGAUUGUGGUCGCCAUGCAUGAGUAUGCACUGGCCUUGAUUCGGAUGCACCAGAAAAGGGCCCACUUCUCUGAAGAGAGCUGGGAACUGCCACCGGACUCCUGGGCCUUAGAGGCCGUGACCGCAACGCAGCUGGCAGAACUCUUGAAUCCGGGCACGAGCCCAAUCCAUGCUUUCAAGCUCACCAGCGCAUCAGAGAAGACAGUGUCCCUUGACCGUCUCCUCAAUGAAGACAUGACCUUGCUGGACCAAAUCGACAGCGUGAAGGAUCAGCUGGACGAGUUGAAUGGCGAGACGGGCAUGUAUGAACUGCUUCGGAUCAAGGAGGAGGCAAAGCGAUCCAUUCUAUCCGUCCUCUUCGUGGGCUGGCUGGUGCGAGACAACUAUGUGCAAGCCGUCGCGUGUCAGGACGGUCCGAACAAGCUGACGAGGACAACCUGGAGCGCCCUGCGGGACUUGACCUACUGCCAGGACAUGUCUUUCGAGCAGCUGAAUGCGGCCAUGGUCUUGCUGGGCAUACGUGGCCUCUGCAAGAGCAAGGAGUUCUCAAGGCUUGUACCUCCCAGCGAACGGAGGAGUUUGGAGCAGGUGCUUCUGCACACGGUGGAUCACCUUUCUGCCUACGUGCCCUCGUUGCAAGCACUGCCCAGCGAGUGCUACCACCACCUGGGGGAUGCGGUCCGGAUCAUGCUGGAUUUCAACUUUGCCCAGUUUCUGCAGGGCGAGAACAAUCCGAAUGCUGUCUGGUUGCUGCAAUGUGCGCUUGGCAGGGAUGGGAUGCAGGCCUUCAGGUUGUGCUUGCUGGCUCAGGCUUGCAUGCUCUGUGGUGUGAGUGGCGCAUCCACGGUAAACGGAUCGCUGUUUCUGAACGAGCUCAACGGCCGCUGCAUGGUGAGGGCCCUGUCGUGCCUCCAGCACGUCGAGGACUUGGAGCCUCAGGUGGUGUACUGGCGCUACAUCGGAAGCCGGGCGGAGGCCUUGAACUUCAGCUUCCUGACGCCGACACAACUGGUCCUUGCCCGCAUCGCAUGCUUGACCCGAACUUUGGAGCCUUCAUCGAUGCUCGAAGUGCAAGAGGACUGGCUGCAGCUGACGGACCGUGAACGCGACGUCCUGCACGAUGCCUUCCUCCUUGAUGGCCACGAGCACAAAGCCUUCCUCUUCCUGUACCUACCACUCCUGCUCACCAAUGCCCGCACGAACCCGGACCUGGGACUUCAAGGUGGACUGAAGUUCCUUGUGGAGCUCUACGACAAACUGGUGAGGCACAAGUGCCUAACUCUGCCUGGGCCAACGGUGAAGGUCGAUCUCUCAACUCUCGCGGUUGUUGCCAAAGAUGUUGAGGAUCUUCCCACCCUUCGAAAAUGCCUGGACUUUGCGAAGAUCGUGAAGCACGAGAAGGGGGUUACGGUUCUGCUGACCAGCGCCAGCUACAAAGUGCUCACGGGACAACUUGUGCAUCACACAAGAAGUGCAGACAUGCUGGAGCUUCUGACGCAGCAGCAGCUGCUUGGCCAGGGUGAGAGGCUUUUCAAUGGUCGAUGGCAGGUCAACGUACGCGGCGCUUUGGGCCAAAUGGCGUUUUUGUUGGUGCUCUCCAGUAGGGAUUCGGGUAGUGAGUUUCAUGCGUUUUUUGGUUUGGUCUUGGGUUGA